GCCUAGAAUCUAGAUUCUUGGAAAACACAUGGCCUUAAGCUUGCCAUCUCAUCAUCCCCCUAUUUCCACACUGAUUUUUCCCUCCUCAAAAUUUUAAGUAUUUUUAAUUAAACCCCAAAAAAUCUCUAAUUCUUUUCAUUUAUACCUUCUCCUCUCUCUCUCCGUGUUUCACGGACUCAAAAACCUACAUGCCAUAUUGAUUCUUUUUUGUUGCAUGCUUUAAUGGCCCAAUUACUGUCUCCAGUGUGCACAGACGCUCUCAAAUUCCAAAACCCAUCACAGAGUUUCUGCUCAAGAAGCAGAUGGUGCUUGUCAGCCAACAGCAGUGUGAGUUGGGGUGUGGUGGGCCAUGGUGGAAGGCGGAGAGGCUUCGGCAGAGUCAAGGUUGCGCAGUCGGAGGCAAUUGCUGAUGACUAUUAUGGUGUUCUGGGUUUGCUUCCAGAUGCCACACCGGAGCAGAUUAAGAAAGCCUAUUAUAAUUGCAUGAAAGCUUGCCAUCCAGAUUUGAGUGGCAAUGAUCCGGAUACCACAAAUUUCUGCAUGUUCAUCAAUGAGGUUUAUGCAGUUCUCAGCGAUCCUGUGCAGCGCAUGGUUUAUGAUGAAAUUCAUGGGUAUGCUCUGACAGCAAUAAAUCCUUUCUUGGAUGAUUCCUGCUCAAAGGAUCAUGCUUUUGUUGAUGAGUUUAGCUGCAUAGGUUGCAAAAACUGUGCCAAUGUGGCCCCAGAUGUAUUUCGUAUCGAGGAAGACUUUGGAAGAGCCAGGGUAUAUAGCCAGUCUGGAAACCGUGAUAAAGUUCAACAAGCAAUUGAUAGUUGUCCGGUUGAUUGCAUCCAUUGGACUUCUGCUGCACAACUAUCUUUGCUUGAAGAUGAAAUGCGGAGGGUAGAACGAGUAAAUGUCGGACUGAUGCUCUCAGGAAUGGGAUCUGCAGCUGCAGAUGUUUUCAGAUCGGCAAGCUCUCGAUGGGAAAAGAGACAAGCUAAAGUCCUGGCGCAAGCUAAAUGGAGGAUGAUGAAGCAGAAAGAUUCUGAUAAAACUGAAUCCUACUGGAGCAACCUUUGGGGCAAGCCCCAAGAAUACCAAAAUUCAGAGGAAGAAGUGAAAGAGAGAGCAAAAAGAGCUGCUGCAGCAGCUAGACGAUGGAGAGAGUACUCAAGAAAGGGUGUUGAUAAGCCUCCAACCUUUAAACUUCCGGGGACGGUCUCCAAGGAAAAAUGAACAGUAAUUUCUGAUAGCUCAUGUAUAUUUAUAUUCAAGUGUAACUAAUGUACGUAAAGGUUCUUUAUUGAACACAACUCUAAUAAUUCAUUCCUCUAUGUAAUGAUUAAUAUGUAGAUUUCAUACUGAUAUUGCAAUUCAAUGUAAAUUACUUUAAUUGCAAUGACAUGAAUAUAAGGGAAAAAUACGAAGUAUAGAACUAGUUUUCUUCUC